AUGAGUGUGAAACUAAUCUGGGAGCCACGUGCAAACUGCCCCCAGAAACGCCUCAUUGUCUGGCUCCAGCGCGGGUUUGAAGACGACCACAGAUUUUCCUCUUACAUCGUUGUUCAGAAAAUCGAUGAUGAGAUCUUGGAGUCUCACCACCGAGAAUUCAAGCGCAGUCAACUUAUCAAGUUCCUUUGCAAUAUUAUCGUUCUUUGUGUUGGAGGGGGAUAUACCGCUCAAGUGAUUGGAGUCGCUGGCAUGCAUUAUCCCACUCAACUCUCACUUUUUGGCAUCACCCUUGUUAUGACAGCAGCUCGAGUCAGACUUCGUCCAAUGCCGCAGCCCCUCAGUACUAUGAAGACACAUAAGGACCAUGAAAUGGAUUGGUUGGCAGUUGUUCAACUCCGAGAACCCGAUGCGCUGGAGAAAAGAAACGACCACUAUCGCGCACCAACAUGGACCGUUCAUGGUGGCUGGCGGUGGCCAUACUUUCUGAAAGAUAAGAGCAAUGCCAGGGAGCAUAGCCCAGAGAAGCCAUCGGCAUUGACGAACGAAUUGAUGCACUUGCGCUUGAGGAUCGGAGAAGUUUGCAACUGGAAUUGCCAAGCCACACAACGGUCCAAUUCCACUGUCCGCGCCAUUGAAAUUGUUGCGAAUACUUUGAGUAAAGCAUUAAUGAACGGCGUUUCAGAGAUUGGUUGGCACAUUCCGGUUGAUGCGGGUAAUGGGAAAAGAACAGAGUAUCUUCCAAUGUCCAUUGUCAAAAAUGAGCAUGAAGGGUCAUGGCAACUCAAGCAUGACUCGAACGCCGAGUUCAUAACAUCAGCCAUAUCUCUUUGGCUGUUUUAUGAUAAGGAGACCAAAUCUCCGGUUGAGCCGAUCGAGCGCAGCAUCCAUUUUCUUGGUCCCAGGUGCAUCAAAGAUGGAUUGGAUAACUUCUGGGAUCCGAAGAGUAUUGGCCAGUUCAACAGAGUGCGCUACGUUAAAAAGAAUGAGAACCGCAAACGAGAAACACUGGAUGGAAAGCCAGAGAACCUUAUGGUGAAGAGAAAUCUCAUUAUUGGAUUCCAAGAUAGGUUCAAGCUUCCUCCACCCAGUUUCUAUUACGAUGCCUACCGUGCCACAGUACAGCCGGACGUUAAGGCUCUUGAUUGCUAUGAAUACUUUCUUGUUAAGCUGGGGACAUACUCUAUCGCAACUCCUGACAAGCAGAAAGAUGAAGAAUCCAAAGACGAAGAUUUUGUACCAGCAAUAGUUGAAACUGUCGAUCUUCCCACGUUGUAUGCACGACAUAUUUUCUCAGCGUUCCUGUGGGCGUUUUCUCAAAAAACAUGCAUUGAUCUUUUUAAAUGUUUGAAGCUGGCCGAGUCAGAUUGGGGAGACAAACAAGAAGGCAUUCCUCAGGAAGAUACGACGGACCGCAAACAAAAAGACGCCACUCCUGUAACCCGAGAAGAUAUGACAAGACUGGCUGAUCAUAUCUGCGUUACGGGUCUCUGUGAACUUCAAGAAGAAGCGCUUCUAAUGAUGCUGCCUCCAUUAAUCUACGAAAAGAAGCGGGAAAAGAGCAGCGGAACCUAA